AUGGGAACAUCAGUGUCUCGGAUUGCCAGUGCACGGGACACUCUACUGCUGCUGCUCAAGAGUUUACCCAUGGGCUGCUUCUUUAACAUCUACAGUUUUGGAUCCACCUUUGAACAAAUAUUUCCGGAAAGUGUGAAGUAUAGUCAGAAAACAAUGGAGGAAGCUCUGAAAAAAGUGGAAAACAUGAAGGCUAACCUUGGAGGAACAGAGAUCUUGGCACCGUUGAAACGCAUUUACAGCCAGGCCUGCAUCCCCAACCAGCGAGACAGUUUUAGUUUUGUGUUGUUUGUCUUUACUGAUGGAGAAGUAGGAAACACCAAAGAAGUCACAAACCUGGUCAAGUCUAAUGCAGCCGCUCACAGAUGUUUUUCCUUUGGGAUCGGGGAAGGAGCCAGCACUGCUCUUAUCAAUGGUCUGGCAAAAGAAGGAGGAGGACACGCACAGUUCAUCUCAGGCAACGACAGGAUGCAGCCCAAAGUGAUUCAGUCUUUGCGCUUCGCCAUGCAGCCAGCAGUAGUUGACAUCUCGGUGAACUGGGACCUUCCUAAAGGUGUCUCUGCCACUGUCCUGUCCCUUCCUCUCACAUCCAUUUUCCAGGGACAACGAUCACUGCUCUACGUCCAACUGACUGGAAAGAGCAAAAAGGAAGCAGAGGGCUGUGUGACUGUCAAAUACAGUCUGGCAGGACAUCCCACUGAAAACAAACUCAACUUUAGCCUCCAACCAGUGGAGGAUACAGGACUCACAGUACACAGGCUGGCAGCACGAUCGCUCAUUCGAUCUUUGGAGCAAGAAAAGGAGGACACCAGUCACAAGAAAGUUGACGCUGCGAAGAAGAAAGUAAUUGACCUCAGUGUUCAAUCUGGAGUCAGCAGUUCUUUCACCGCUUUCAUUGCUGUGAACAAAACCAGUGGAGAGGCCAUUCAAGGUCCCCUGCUGAGAAGAAAUGUCCCUCUUCCAAUGAUGAUGUCCUGCAGCAUGCCCGUGCCCACCCGCAGCAUGCCCAAUUCCUGCAGAAUGCGUCGGUGUGUUCCUAUGUUUAUGCAAAUGGAUUGUGUUGCUUCUCCUCCUCCUCCUCCUCCUGUAGUCUUCCAGAGCGCGGCCUGCAACGCCUUUGACUGUGAUGACAUGAUGGCGGAUGAAUGUAUGGUAGAAGAGUCUUCAAUGCCUGCAAAGCCCAAACCUGAGCGGGACCCUCUGCUGGAGCUGGUGUGUCUGCAGAAGGCUUCGGGCUGCUGGGAGUUAGAGCCAGAACUGGCCAAAACCCUAAGCCAGACGAGCCAAGACCUCCAGGACAAACAACCUUCAAUGGCAAACAAAGAGGUGUGGGCCACAAUUGUGGCUCUGGUCUGGCUUCAUGGUCUGAAAGCUGAUGCCAAGGACGAGUGGGAGCUGCUGGUCAUGAAAGCCGCCACAUGGCUGCGCUCACAGAAUGCUGUAGGCCUCUCUGAGUGUGUGGAAGCUGCCAAUGCUCUGCUGGGCUGCAGUGUUCAGAAAGAUGCCCUGGGACUCUAA